AUGUUUGCUGCUGGACCUUUGGCCAACCAAAUACCCGCCGCGAGAUCCCUCCUCUCGUGGCUGCUGCUGGCCGUGCUCGUGCUGGCCCCCGGGCUACAUGGCGCCGCCGGGCAGCCAUUGCCUGGCGCCAGGUCGCCUGGCCGUGCCCUGGACGUUGCCUGCCCGAGGGACACCUUCGCCGAUCCCGCGGAGCCGGGCCGGUGUUUACCGUGUGCGCCCUUUUGUGCGAUCUGCACCGGUGGCUCUUGGGCCGAUUGCGUGACCUGCAAGAGGGGCUUCUCGCUCGAGCCGAUGGUCGGCUGCGUUUCCGGCUGCCCGGAGGACUUCUUCAUGUCCGACGACCUGGCCGGGUGUGUCCCUUGCGCCAGCAGCUGCGUCCGCUUCAGUCAAGAUGACCCGGGUGCCUGUGCCGCCUGUGCCGAGGACUUCUUCUUGGACCCCUCCUCCGGGCAGUGUGUGUGCACCUGUCCGGCCCAGUGGCUCGGCACCGGUGGCAAGUGUGUUCCCUGUGCCGAGGACUGCCACCAGUGUGUCAUGUCGCCGGACAACUGCCACCGAUGCCGCUGGGGCAAGUUCAAGACGCGCGGUCCGGCGCCGGUGCGCUGUGUCGACGCCUGCCCUCCCGGGGAAUUCCCCCACGCGACCGGGCUCCUCGGGGCUACUCUGCAAUGUGCUCUAUGCAGUCCAGCCUGUGCCGAGUGCGAUGGGCCCGAGGAGGACGCCUGCACCAGCUGUCCCAUCAAGGAUGGCGUCCAGUGGGUCCUGGCCGAGGAGGGGCUUGCGCGCUGCCUGGCCGCCUGCCCGCCGGGGCAGUAUGCCGACGCGCGGGCCGUGUGCCGGCCGUGUGAUCCCGCAUGCGGGGGCGUCUGCGUGGGGGCCGGUCCCCAGGGUUGUGACGUUGGCUUGGUCCUCCCGCCGCCCCCCGGUGCGACCCCCUCCCCCUCGGCCCCGGGGGCCGGGUCUUCCUCGGCUUCGGCCUCCGAUGCGUCGGCCUCCCUUGCGGCAUCCUCGUCCGGCUCCGAGCCGGCCACCGGCCCGGGCACGGAUGGAGCCACCGUCAUUAUCAUCAUCAUCAUCGGCGUGAGCAUCGCCGUGAUCGGAGCCCUGGCGCUGGCCGGCGGAGUGUCAUUCGCCCGAGCCCGAAGCGCACAAAAGGCCCCCCACGGGCAGUCUGACCCGGUGGAGCUGGGUUUGCUCGGGUAG